CUAAAAAAUCUGUUAAUUUAUACUUGCUAAGAACAGCUUUUCCUUUUGUGCAAAUUGCCCUUGUAGCUGCCUUUCUGCGAGACCAAACUUGGUCCUGACACUGAUUGUGAAUCAGACGAUGUGAGUGUGUACGUAAUCGGUAACCAACCGCCCCACAAAGAGCAGAAUACAAAGUAGCUUAUAAAGUAUUCUGUGCUAAAAGGACGGUCUCCAGUACGCCGCAAAUCAUUCAGCUGGUGACUCUUCGAUCGUACGGUCAAAUUUCUCCUUUUUCAUCACAUUUUUAACGUCUCUGACAGUCAAUCGCUACUCAAGCUAUAACAACAAGUUCGCGAGGAUACCCGAAGAUUGUUGCAACAAAGCCAAAGUAAUUGGCUCGAAACCAUUCAUCUCGAAACAAUUAUUGGGAAAAAGAUGAUUCGUGAACCAUCGAUACCAGAAUGGUCGAAAAACAGAGGGAUACUAGUCACUGGGGCGACUGGUUUUCUGGGAAAAGUUUUAGUUGCAAAAUUGCUAAUGUCUUGUCCACAAGGUGGAAAUAUUUAUCUAUUGGUCAGAGAAAAAAGAGGCCAGAGUCCAAAAGCAAGACUCCAUACACUGAUACAGCAAGAACCUUACAGAGUGGUUCGCGAAAAUCAUCCUGAACGCCUGAAGCGACUUGUUGUCAUUUCUGGGGAUACAACCGUCGAGGGUCUCGCCCUUUCCCCCGAGGACAAGGAUCGUCUGAUGAAGGAUGUUUCCGUUGUUUUUCACAUGGCUGCCAACGUGAGAUUCGAUCUUUCUCUACGGGCUGCUAUCAAUAUGAACACCAAAGGGACCGCGAAUCUCAUCAAAGUUGCAAAGCAGCUGCCUAACUUGAUAUCCCUGAUUCACGUGUCAACGGCUUACUGCCAUUGCGGGCAAACUCGUCUCGAGGAAAGGGCUUACGCCCCAAACAUGUCACCGGAAUUUGCAAUCGCUGCUGUUGACUCCAUGAGCGACGACCUAUUGAAGCCUGUGGAGUGCAAAUUGCUAGCUCAUCAACCCAACACCUACGCUCUGAGCAAAUGUCUCAGCGAAGACCUGAUGGUCAGGUCUGGACUUCCGGUAGGCAUCGCGAGACCUUCCAUUGUGAUCGCGUCUUGGAAAGAACCAGCGCCAGGAUGGGUGGAUAACUUGAACGGACCAACCGGUUUGAUAGUAGCCGCGGGAAAAGGUGUGAUUCGGUCGAUGCACUGCAAGAGUGAAUAUCUUGCGGACCUAAUGCCUUGCGAUAUCGUGGCGAACGCCGUGAUCGCCCUUGCCUGGAAGGUGGGUUUGGAAAGUUCCUGUAAACCGAUUUUCGUCAACGUUACGGAGAGCGGACGAAAUCCAAUCACAUGGGCUGAUGCCCUGAAUGCCGGCAGAAGACAUGCUCUGUCAAAUCCAUUUUCAGGCCCACUCUGGUAUCCAGGCGGUAGAUUCACUUCCUCAGCAGUUCUACAUUGGUUUGCUGUGAUAUGCCUUCACCUUCUACCUGCCUACCUGUUGGACCCUUUGAUAUACUUGAGCGGGAACAAACCUUUUUUGGUCAAGCUUCAAGGGAGAGUUUCUACCGGGUUGAGCUUGCUGCAAUAUUACACGACCAAGGAAUGGGUCUUUUUGAAUGACACGUUAAGAGAUCUGCAGGAUCAGUUAUCCUCCGAGGAUAGAGCAAUAUUCUUCAUGGACACGAAGGACAUAUGCUGGGACGAUUAUCUCUACGAAUACAUUCUGGGCAUCAGGAAAUACUGCCUAAAAGACGACCCGUCGACUUUACCUCGAGCAAGAAGAGUUUUUCAGUAUUUAUACAUCGCCGAUAGAAUAUUGCGAAUUGUUUUUGUAGGAUUCAUCGCAUGGUUGUUAUACUCAUGGUUCGCGCCGGCAAGGGCGGGCACAGCGUCGAUAAUCGAGAUGCAAGAUUCAUAGUUAUAUUUUUCCUUGUAUCUUUCACGUCACGUCGUGCCCUGCAGGUAUUUGCCGUCCGCUGUUUAUAGUUUGCUAAAUCACAUAAUUAUACACAUACUGCCAACACAUGGACGUAUUCAAAUUUCACAUCCAAUUAGACCGCGUGCUCCAAUCAGCGGAAGAAAAGGAGAAGAAACUUGUAAUAAAAAUAUCGUGAAACGGUCUGAUUGACACCGUAUUGUAAAUAUAAAAUUUUUUUAAAUAAUUUUCAACUGCAUACU